AUGCGUCGAAGUUUGAUCCAAAACAUUUCGAAACUGCAAGUUCCUCCAUAUAGUUUUGUGCCAUUCGGAGGAGGAGCUCGGAUGUGUCCUGGAGUUGAAUUUGCAAAACUUGAAACUCUUAUUACUAUACAUAACCUGGUGAACAGGUUCACGUGGAAGCUCUCUCGCCCAGACAUUUCUUUUACCAGAGAACCACUUCCAAUUUUCAAGGAUGGACUAGAGAUAGAAAUUCAGCCAAAGAUCCCUGGGAAAGGAAAAUGUACUGCUUCUCAUAAUCUUCCUUCUCGCAUCCAAUAUAACUGGGUUUUAUGUAAUAAGUUUCAACUCUUUGACUUGGGUAAUUUGGGCAACGUGCAAGAUACCAAUGGACGGAAGAUUGAUCCAAAAAGUUUCGAGAAACAAGCAUCAGGCUCUCCUAAAAGUUUUGUGGCAUUUGGAGGUGGACCUGGAAUAUGUCCCGGAUAUGAAUUUGCUAGACUUGAAACUCUGAUUACAAUAUACCUUACCUGGAAAACAGGUCCACAAUAUGGAAGCUCUGUCGCCCUGAGAUUUCUUUUUCUAGAGAUCCCAUCCCAAUUUUCAAGAAUGGACUAG